AUGGAAGCGGCGUGGGUCUCGCUGCUCGCGGGCGGCAGCGACGACGGCAGCGGCUCGAGAGACGAGCAACUGGGCGUGGGAGCAGCCUUCCUCGUCGACGGCAUUGUGUACGCGCUGGUGGGGGGCGCAGCUGGCGUCCAGUUGGUGCGCAACUGCUGCCGCUAUCGCCCCUGGACCGUGCAGAAGAUGAUCCACCUGCUCAUGUUCUUCGCCACACUGGUUCGGUCGGCUUUCCUGGCGCUGGUGGGCUCGGAUUGGUGCGACGUGUUGUCGGGGAAAGUGAACGAGUCCAAGUGCUCCGUUGGCGAGCGAGAUCUGUUCUACAUCUUGGACCAAGUGCCGAUCCUGGCCUUCUUCGCGAUCUACGCGCUGCUGGUGCAGUUCUGGGCGGAGGUCUACUACAAUGCAGUGGACAAGCUGCCCACGCUGACGGAUGUUGUGAAGCCUGCGAUUCGUUGGUUUAUUGCGAUCGUGCUGCUGAUUCAAGGGCUGUUCUGGGUUUUCUACGCCUCAGUAUGGCGCAACGAGCGUGCCUUCUUUACCAGAACCCAGGCAAUUUUGAACAUGGAACUCUUUCUAAUUAUCGCUACCGGGUUCAUUUACUUCGGCAGAAAGGCUUAUGUUGAGCUCCGAUCCGUUCCAGUGGAACUGGGAAUCCGGUCGAGAAAGCUGAAGGAGCUCGCGAUCAUGACGACAGUCGGCACAUCCUGCUUCAUGUCACGUUGCGGGCUACAGAUCUACCUGUCUACAGAGAAGAAACAACUGCACGACCGCAGUACGUGGUUUGUCGUGGUGGUGCACUACGCUCUUCUGGAAAUCGUGCCGGCGUUGUCAGUAUUGUACUUCAACCGCCGCCUUCCGCCACGUCGUCGACCAGGAAGACUCUCGGGGACUUCAAGCCCCAUUCGGGGCGGAAGGCUCUUCUUUGGUAAGGGCAUGGGUGCCGACAGUACCUCGGACGGGGGUGAUCCGUUGAGAAAGAGUCUACUUCGCGGAUAA